CUCUGUUGUGGGGUCCUUGCUUGGAGCGCUUCCUGGUCCACGUAUUGAGAGAAGCUCACCGAUAUCCUGUUUGACGAAUAAUGAUAUUUGACUAUGUUUUAUCAUAACGGUUUUCCUCUUUCAUGUUUAAUUAUCAAACCUCGGAGAUAGCCAGGUGACCAGAGACAUUCAGACAUUGACGAGCUCUUUUAAACGGAUGCAAAAUGUCUUGGUUUUCUGAUUUUGCUGGAAAAGCCGAAGACUUUCUGAAUAAAGUAGACCAAGGAGCUGCCACAGCCCUCAGUAAGAACCAGGCAAGAACAUCUUCCUUUUCAUCAUCUCCUGAUGGACAAUCUGCUGUUGAAACUGAGUACAGUUCUGUAGCCUUUCAGACCAACCCAGUUGCUGCUCAUCAUGAUACCUUCACAUCCUCUCACGAUGCACCGAGUUACAUCUCUGCUGCAGCUGGCAACAUCAAAAGAUCUAAUGCAACAUUGCUGGCUGGGACAGCCAAUGUGCCCAGUACCCCUUCUACUUCUGGCAGCAGCAUUCAUAACUCUACCAAGACCUCAUCUAGCUUUGUGAGGCCCAAAAAGAGCGAGCAGGAUGUGAAUGAAGAUGUGCUGUUUGACUUCCUCAACAGCUCGGACCCUCCAGUCAGCAACAGAAGGGAUUCAAGAAGGGAACUUGUGAAAGUGGCAGCGCCGGUCACAGAGGUGCAAAGCCCAACACCUCCCCCUUCCACUGUCCCCUCAGCCCCAUCCACACCCCCAUCUACUCGUGGUGUAUCCAGGGCCUCAAGCAUGAGCUCACUGUCUGCACACAGCAUCAAAACAUCAGAGGAGAGCUCUGCUAAAGAACAGAGUCAAGACACACCUGAGAGUUCAGACUCAGGCUUGGCGGCCCCUCAGGAGACCAGCAGACAGGAGCCCCCUCCCCCGAUCGAGGAACCACAGAGCCAGAUUCUGUCCAGUCUGCGUCUGGAGAACCAGCUGCUGCGCAGUGAGGUGGCCUCCCUCAACCAGGAGAUGGCUUCAGUCAUUCAGAGAGCAAAAGACUUACAAGAUGAACUGAAUCAGGCACGGCUGCGCGCAGACAGAUGGAACUCGGAGCAGUCUCAGACCAACCGCACCUUACGGGAACUUCGGUCACAGGUUGAUGACCUCACUGAAGCUCUCUCUGCCAAAGAUGGCCAACUUGCAGUCCUAAAAAUCCGACUCGAUGAAGCAGAUCAGCUGGUAAAAUCCCGCAGUGCUGCGUUAGAGGAGGCACAGACUGAGAAAUCAAGAAUUAUGCAAGACCACACAGAGGGUAGCAGCAUGCAGAACCAAGCCCUUGAAACGAUACAGGAGAGACUUCGAGAAGCGGAACAGGCUGUCAGGCGAGAACAGGACAACUAUCGGCAGAUGCAGACUGAGUAUGCUGGCCGCUUGUCCAAAUUAGAGGGUGAGAGGCAGACUCUCGCAGAGACUGUGACUGCAGCAGACCGACGAGCAGCAGACGAGAAGGUCAAGGUUGACGACCUCCAACAGCAACUGAAAAGCGCCAAAGCUGCAGCUGAGUUCGCCAAGCAAGAGCUACAAGAUUACAAGCACAAAGCAUCACGCAUCCUACAAUCCAAAGAAAAGCUGAUCAGCAGUCUGAAGGAGGGAGCUGGACUAGAAGCCGUGGAAGGCAGCGGGGCCAUGGCUCUGGAGCUGGAGGAACUACGGCAUGAAAAGGAGCUGCAGAGAGAGGAGAUCCAAAAACUGCAGGGCCAAGUGAGCACACUGCGGACAGAGAUACAGGAUUUGGAGACUCAGGCCCUGACAGAGGCUGAGGCGUGGCGGGAGCAGCAGGUGCAGAUACAAGAGCAGCAGGCCUUACAGAAUCGAGCUAAGCAGGAGUUGGAGGCUGAAGUGGAGCGCUACAAACAAGAGCUACAGUACCUUGAGGAUGAGCAGCAUCGAGCCAAAACCACUCUGCAGAGCCGAAUCAAAGACAGAGAAGAUGAAAUCCAAAAACUCAGGAAUCAGCUGACCAACAAGACUCUCAGUAGCAGCAGCCAAACGGAGCUGGAGAAUCGCCUCCACCAGUUGACAGAGACGCUGAUCCAGAAACAGACCAUGUUGGAGGCUCUGGGUACAGAAAAAAGCUCGCUGGUCUUCCAGCUGGAGCGUCUGGAGCAGCAGCUGAAGAACGCCCAGGGAGGACAAAGCGGAGGGCCAGCCAUCAACAUGAGCGGCCUAGAGGCUCCAGGGGCACGUCAAAGAAACACACCAGUACUUUUCAGUGACCAGGACAGUCCAGGAGUGUAUGGAAAAGUUCAAAAGGCAGCCAGCACUAUUGACCGCUUCAGCAUAAGACUGGGAAUCUUCCUAAGGCGCUACCCUAUGGCCAGAGUUUUUGUUAUCCUCUACAUGGCGGUACUGCAUCUGUGGGUCAUGAUUGUUCUUCUGACUUACACACCUGAAAUGCAUGGCCGUCCCAAUGGAAGAUAGAAGGCUGUAAAUUCAGUUUCUAUGUGGCCUUCAGUGUGAAGAAACUGCUGGAAUAUGGGCUCUGGGACCUGACUCUACCUAUUUUGCACAGAUAUGCUAUGAACUGAAAAAAAUAAAAACCAUUUUUCUUUAUUUUGAAUGGAAGAAUGACAGCUGACAGCUGCAUUGAGUUUUAAAAUUAGUACAGAGUGAUUAUAUGUUGGCGGGUCUGAAAGGACAUGUUUGAUCGCAUCUUCUCGUCAUAGGCUUUCAGUCCUCUGUUUUCUUGAGAGAUUGUAUUUAACAUUAUGUAAAAGGAAGAAAAAACUUUUAAUAAACAAGUCUAAU